UCACUUCGGCAAGUGUAUCCAACACACCCCUUGUUUUUUCUAUUGACUCCAACAGCUAACCAAUCAAAAGAGGGAGUGAUGUAAACAAGGAAAUGUCUCCUGCAACCGUGCGAAUACAAAACAACGAUUCGAAUCGAAAGAAGGAUUGCCAUACAAGAUAUUCUCUGUCGAUGGAUGUACGCUAGUUCUUGCGUUUUAUUUUGUAUGACUACAAACUUUAUUUUACAAUUGGUUUAGAACUCCAGAAUGGAUCCAAAACACAGGAGUGUUCUUCAGCGCAACAGGGUCACUCUUGUUGUGGAUCUGAAACCAUCAGAGCUCUACGAUGGACUUCUGGAAAAGGGAAUUUUCACCCAAGACAUGAUUGAUGAGAUUAAGAACUCCGGAACCCGGCGGGACCAGGCCAGGCAGCUACUCUGUGAUCUAGAGAAACGUGGUUCCCAGGCUUUCUCAUGUUUCAUCCAGUGCCUCCGUGAUGCAGGGCAGCUCCCCUUGGCAGAGCUCCUGCUGGGUGGAGAAGCCCCAGUUCAGCCUCUGGUCCCGACGGCCCUGGAAGACAUCCGCCCUGUUCUCCAACCUCUACCUGUCUCAUCGCCUAUGAAUGUUGAUAGGCCUCGAAAAGACAUUGCUCCGAUCUAUCCAAUCCAGAGACCUAGCGACUCUCCAAGCCCAUCGCCAGAAAGCGAAUACAGAAUACCACGGCCACCAAGGAGAACAAGGAAAGAUAGUAUUCAGACCUAUAAAAUGGAUGCCAGCCCAUGUGGACACUGCCUGAUCAUAAACAACGUGAAGUUUGAACCCAACGCCGAUCUGAGCGAUCGCAAAGGCUCAAACGUAGAUUGUGACAAACUAGAAAAAAGAUUCAAGUCACUGAACUUCAUAGUUAGAGUGAAGACAAACCUGAGAUACAAACAAAUAAGACAUGAGCUGUGUGUUCUGUCAAAGAUAGACCAUUCUCAGUUUGACUGCUGUGUGGUCAUCAUACUGUCUCAUGGGACUGAGGUGAAUCACAACCGCUUCCCUGGUGCCGUACAUGGGGUGGACGGACCUGCUGUCCCCGUCCAGUUCAUCACCAACUACCUGAAUGGACAGCAUUGCCCAUCCCUACAGGGAAAACCCAAGCUGUUCUUCAUCCAGGCCUGCGGUGGAGGCGAGAAGGACACAGGUUUCGAAGUGUCUCCUGACGAGGUCGAGCCCUACAUGGGCGGAGCGGACGACCAGACGGACGCCAUGCCCAUGUCAUCCAGCAGCGACUCCAUAAGCACGUCAGAUGAACCCGAUGCCAGAGCCACCCUGCCCACGCCCAGCGACAUCCUCGUCUCCUACUCCACCUUCCCUGGCUUUGUGUCCUGGAGAGACCCUCUCUCAGGCUCCUGGUACGUAGAGAUACUGGAUAACAUUCUGGAGGAAAACGCUGACGCAAAUGACCUAGUCACCAUGUUGAUGAUGGUUAACAACGAGGUAUCUCAGAACUCGGCCAAGGGCCUCUAUAAGCAGAUGCCUGGCUCCUUUAACUUCCUACGGAAACUUCUCUACUUUCAAACCCAAUCCCAGGGACAAACUCCUGCCUGACAUUAUUGCCACCACUGAUGUCAUUUGGUAUCACCACUCUUUUUGUGAUUUUAUUCUCUCUUUUUUUUUACAUCUUUAUGGCUGUUGUCAACUGUCACAUUUUCUUAUUGCUAAUCAAUAAGAGCCCCGUUUUAAAAAGAAGGUUAUGAAUGAUUUUAUAAAUGUUUUUUUACAGUUACCUUUUCAAUUAAUUAUGUGAAGCCAGUGAAUUCAUCUGAGACUGUAACUAUGAUUUAGAGUUGUAUUCAUAAAAUAUAUUUACUUGCCUUAAACUUCGUUAUAUUCAUAUAUAUUAAUUUUAAGCCUGCACUAUUAUUGAAAAAAAUGUGAAUGCAUGACUUCUUUUAAAAUGUUCUCCACAAACCUAAUGAAUUUGGAGGGGAAUAAAUUCUGGGUUGAUCGAGCCAUAUCGAGUUAUAAAUCAAUACAUCAUAAUAAAAGUGAUGGCUGCAGUGAUACAUUUACAUGCAGCUGCAGUCUUUAUGAAAAGUAUGAGAACUGGCCUUAUACACGUAUUAUGUAUUAUUUUACUUGCUUAGUGGCACAAAAAAGCUGAAAUGACAAUCCAUUGCAAAGAUACAUUUGAUGUUGUCUUUAUUUCUAUAAACUGACUAACUGUCACCUCACUAACGGUCUCUGAUACUGUAAGACAUAGUCAUCUAGGACUAUGACUUCAAGGUUGUUGACACCAAAGUAUGAAGCAAAUUGUUGUGGUGGAACAUUUGCUUCUCGUGAGGUUCCCCCAGCUGCAUGCUCCCGAUCCAGCUGGCAACACAGACCACUUUCUGUACGGUAGUAUUAUUCUCUUUCUAAAGUAUACUCUUCUGUAGUAUUUUGAACUCACCCAAGGUGAGUCAAAAAACGACAGAGUAUACUACAGAAAGAGCAGAAAAUGUUGGGAUCUUUAAAUGUUUUUGUCCUUCGAGCCACAUCUAAAUGUUUAUAUUACUGCAAAUAAAAAAUGGUCAGGCAUAUUUUGUCCCGUAUUUUACGUCAUCUUGUUGAAAGCUUACUUUGCAUCUAUCAUCUAUCUCACACCUAACAAAUUGAAAUGAUAUAGGGUCCUCAUUUUCAAAUGGGUUCAGAAAACCUAGUGUAACCUUUGGAUUGCAUGGCACACUUUGGCAGCACAUACUAACUUUCCCCUGCCUGUUUAUUGCUGUAAGAUGGGAAGAAAUUAGCUUUGUGUAUCUGCUCUGAGCCAACACAAAUUCAGUUGACCAUAUAGGGUGUUGUCAAUAUGGAUGUAAUAGAUGUUCAACAGGCCCAGUUUUAAAUCAGAUAAACUAACAUUCAACAUCGUAUUUCAAGAAUUGCUUUCAGGACCUCCUUGAGGCUGUGAAUUGCAAGCAGAUUUGAUAAUCUAUUUUCCAAGUAUUUGUGUUUAUUUUUUGCAAGCAGGGGGUAGGGAGGAGUCCCAUAAACACACCAUUCUGGUCCGUGAUUCAUCCAUUUUGCUCUCACUGUCUAAAAUCAGCAAGCCACAGGCAGAACCCCCUUGGAAUAGGUCAGUAGUAUUCAGCAAAAAAACUCACAAACCCUAUAUUUUUGUGAUUUGAAUUGCAAUGUUUGGAAUUCGUCGCUCUUCAACUUUGUAUCCUCAAACAUGUCUUGACUCUUUAAGUUCUUAAUUAGAAUUUUUUUUUAGGGAACAUGUGUCUUUGUAUUUUAAGUGCGUUGUGUUGUUGAAAGAUCCUAAUAAAAAUGUAUAGAUUAAAAUGUAAAAAUCAGUGCUUCAAAACAUAAUAGGAAUCAUUUAUUUUCUCAUAUUUUUAAAUAGAGUAAGCAUACAGGUGUUUUGAUGCGCGAAUUUCCACUAGAUGGCGCCACACUUUUGGUAUAAAAGUUUUAAUUAUUUUAACUCUGGUCUAAAGAUACCCUGAAUUUUCCACCCAUGUGUUCUCAUGUCUUGAUCUUCUG